AUGGGAAUUGCGGAUUUAUGUAUUACACAAAUGGAACAAGAAGGUAUCAAACGUAAAGAUGCCCGUUCACGAAUUUAUUUAAUGGAUGCUGAUGGUUUAAUUACUCAAAAUCGUUUAUAUAUGGAAAAAGAGCAUAUACCAUAUGCUAAAGUUAUGCCGGAAACAAAGAGUUUACUGGAAUUAAUUAAAAAUAUCAAACCAACUGUAUUAAUUGGUGCAUCAACAAUGAAAGAUGCUUUCAAUGAGGAAAUUAUUCGUACAAUGGCAGAAUUAAAUUCGAAACCGAUCAUUUUCGCACUAUCAAAUCCAACAAAAAAUGCGGAAUGUACAGCAGAACAAGCAAUUUGUUGGAGUGAUGGCAAAGUAUUAUUUGCAAGUGGAAGCCCAUUUGAAAAUGUGAAAUACAAAGGAAAAUUAUAUAAACCAGGACAAGGUAAUAAUUCGUAUAUAUUUCCGGGUGUUGGUAUGGCAGCUAUUUUAUUUCGAAUUCGACAUAUUGACGAUGAAAUAUUUCUGAUAGCUGCUCGAGAAGUGGCUAGAUGUGUUAGUAAUGAUGAUUUCAAGUAUAAGCGUUUAUAUCCGAGUUUUAAUCAUAUUCGAGAAGUUUCAGUGAAAAUAAUUUUAGCUGUUGCGAAGUAUAGCUAUGAGAAAAAUUUGGCAGCACUUUAUCCAAAACCAGCAAAUAUGGAAAAUUUUGUGCGUAGUCAAAUGUAUCAAACAUCAUACAGUGAAAUGAUCGAUUACACAUACGAUUGGCCAGAAAAAGAUAUGAUCCAAGGCUAUCCUAUUCCAUAUGAAGAGAAGAAAUAUGAUGAUUAA